AUGGGUUGUGCCGCUAAUAAACAAGAUAAAGGUAUUUAAGCAAUAUACAGAGAAAAGACAUGGCCGAUAAUCCAUUUUUUGUAGGGCCUUCCUUAUUCAUUAAUUUAAAGGGUGGAGAUCUUUUAAAACAUUACAGAAUAGAGAAACACCUAGGAAAAGGUAUUAAUUUGUAAUGAGACUAGGUGCUUAAGGGGAGGUUAAUUUAGUUGUUCAUUUGAUGAGUGAACAAAAGAGAGCAAUGAAAAAGAUUAUAAAAUCUCAGAAAAUAAAUGAAAAACUUAUAGCGAAUGAAUGCUAAAUCAUGAUGUAUUUUGAUCAUCCAAAUAUUGUGAAAAUAUAUGAACUGUUUCAGGAUAGCUCGCAUUUUUAUAUUGUUUAUGAAUAUUUAAGUGGUGGAGAAUUACUUGAAUUAUUGAAUAAGAAAAAGGAGUUGAAAGAGCAGCAAAUUGCUAAUUAUAUCAAAUAGGUAUUGGAAGCAUUAAAUCAUUGUCACACUUGUGGGAUAGUUCAUAAGUAAUUUUAAAUGUAUUAUGGAACUUUAGAGACGUGAAGCCCUAAAACAUAUUACUGGAAUCUGAUGAACAGGAAGCUUAGAUUAAAUUAAUUGAUUUCGGAGCAGCCAAGCCAGUUGAUCAAAAUGAUGUUGAUGUCGCUGGCACAGUAAUUAAAAUCUCUAAACCCUUAGCCAUUAUAUAUAGCACCAGAGGCAAUAACAGACAAUUCAAAUGAAAAGAGCGAUGUAUGGUCAUGUGGAAUCAUGACUUUGUAGCUUCUGACUGGAUCAUUUCCAUACAGAAAUGAAACUGAUCCACAAAGAAUAUGUGAAAUGAUUACUCGCAACGAAAUCGAUUAUACCCGUAUCUCAUAUGUCUAUCAUUUUAUUAGUCAUUGAUAAGAUUAAAACGAACAAGGCAAAAGCUUUCUUGAAAAAAAUGCUGUGUUUUGAUCCUAAAAAUAGAUAUACAGUAGAAUAAGCACUUCUAGAUCCUUGGAUUUAAGAUAACAAAAACAAUGCUUCGAUUGAUAAACAAGUUUUAGAAAACUUAAAGCAAUUUCAUGUAUGUGAUGAGAUUAUAUAUAGAGUUGUAGCAAAUUACAAUAAGCCAUUCUGUAACUAAUAGCUUCCACAAUGAUGAACAAUAAGGACAAACAAAAGCUAAUUUAAUAGUUCAAAUCUAUGGACAGAAAUGGAGAUGGGAAACUAUCUCAUUAAGAAUUGAAGCAAGGGUAUAUGAAGAUUUACAAUGAUGAAUUGAAAGCAGAACAUGUUGUAUAGGAAAUAUUAAAAAAGGGAGAUUUCAAUCAUUCUGAUACUUUGGAGUAUUCUGAAUUUUUAGUUGCAGCCUCUUAAUAUAAUCAAUUAGUAGAAAAGGACAAGAUCGAGAAAGUGUUUAAAUUAUUCGAUUAAGUAAAUUAUGAUCUCUAUAAAUAGGAUGGAAAUGGAUAAAUAACAAUAGCAGAAUUAAAAAAAGUGAUGGCAGGAGCAGCAGAAAAAAGUACUGUAUGGAAGGAUUUAAUCAAAGAUUUUGAUUAAAAUGGAGAUGGUUAAAUAUCUCAUUAAGAAUUUUUUGAUACUUUGAUGAAAAAAAUAUAGGAAAAUUAAUGA